GAAAACAGCGUCCUGGUAGCUUCUGGAGAGCCAGCCGACCGUUUGUGUUCUCCCGAAAUUCAACUUCCAGAAAAGAAAAUUCAGGGUUUCUGUUGGCAAAAGGAGGCCGAGUACCUUUCACCAGUUUCCUCAGUUAAAAUAUUCUCCUCAGUUAUAGUUUGUAUCACCGCCAAAACACCUGCUUAGUGCCAGUGUUUAGCCGAGAUCAGCUAAAUUGUGGCUGCCUCAGCGCUGUAUGUGCGGUAACAACAUGUCAGCGCCUUUACCUGCCAUCGUGCCUGCUGCCCGGAAAGCCACCGCGGCGGUCAUUUUUCUGCAUGGCCUUGGUGAUACUGGGCACGGAUGGGCAGAGGCAUUUGAAGGCAUUAGAAUACCUCAUGUGAAAUACAUCUGUCCACAUGCUCCUACAAUGCCUGUUUCUCUGAACAUGAGGAUGUCCAUGCCUUCAUGGUUUGAUAUCUACGGGCUGAGUCCAGAGGCCAUUGAAGACGAGGCUGGUAUCAAGAGAGCGUCUGAAAACGUUAAAGCUAUGAUAGAUCAAGAAGUGAAGAAUGGGAUACCUUCACACAGAAUUCUCCUGGGUGGAUUUUCGCAGGGUGGAGCUUUGUCUCUGUACACGGCUCUGACAUCUCAGCAGAAGCUUGCCGGUGUGGUGGCGCUGAGCUGUUGGCUUCCCCUCCGUAAAUCCUUCCCUGAGGCGGCUGCCAACAGUGCUAACAAGGACAUGCAUCUCCUCCAGUGCCACGGGGAUUCCGAUCCCCUCGUUCCGUUUAUGUUCGGCACCCAGACGGUGGAGAAGAUGAAAAGCCUCAUCAACCCGGCCAACGUCACCUUUAAAUCGUACCACGGACUACCUCACAGUGCCUGUCCAGAGGAAAUGAUCGACGUCAAGCGGUUCAUAGAGAAGCAGCUUCCUGCCAUCAGCGACCAGUGAGUGGGGCCACUCACUGACUCAGUGCUCUCCGAGUCCUUUGGUCUCGACUCCUCUAAGAUUUGGUGGACUUACGACCAUGAACUGUACCUGACAGUAAAUGUGUGCUGCUGCUCCAUAGGCCCAGAGAGACCUAGGGUUUCCUGUUAGCCUGCAGAAAGGCCUGACUGAGACAAUGCUGCAUCUCCUCUGGAGCCACAAGCUCCACUCAGUGUUACUGUAGAGGAACAUUAGCUGCUUGAUCGCAAAGCAUGUUGCCACUGAGACGAGCCAUUUUUGCAGGAACUCUAUGUAUUAUAAUAACUAGGGCUAAACUUUUAAGUUUAAUACUGACAUUCUCACAAUAAAUGGCCUGUUGUUAAAAAAAUAGCUUUUGUAAUUCAAAUAAGUUUAUUUAUGAGCAACAUAUCCCUUUGGCUACACGAGUUGCUUUAGCAAAAUUGCAGUUUU